GUCAUUUCGACCAGCUCUGAGUAUGUUCACCUUGAGUUUAACGCGUACGUGGGUAAGGAAAGAAAACCAUCUACAAUGGAGCUCUGAUACCGGCAUUCAGCGCGGCAACGGGUAAAGAGCUGAGCCUCCAGUUUAGAUCGUGUCGGGAAAAAAUAAGCAAUUUUUAAGGGAUCUCGACGGGAUGAGCUGGGAAAUGACUUAAUACAGGAUCUGAGCCUUAUCCUGUCUGAACCCACGAUGCUGAUCUGUUUUUGAUCCUCCUGCUGCGCAAGUGGACUUUGUUGAUCCGAUACGGCGCCUAUGAUCCCUUCGGACGGACCCGGUUCUGGGCUCCUCUUCAUUGCCCGUCAGCAGACAGACAUUUUUCCACAAUGGGGGUGUUGCAUUCCUCGUCACUAAAAUAUAUGUCUCUGGGGGUUCUGGUGCUGCAAACCACCUUGCUGGUGCUCACCAUGCGCUACUCCCGUACCCUGAAGGAGUAUGGCCCUCGGUACCUGGCUUCCUCUGCUGUGGUGUCAGCUGAAGUACUCAAGAUUUUCACAUGCACCCUCCUAUUCUUCAAGGAGAAGGAUUUCAACUUGCACGCAGUGAAGCGGCUGUUAAACGAGGAGAUUCUGAGCAAGCCUAUGGACACCAUGAAGCUGAUCAUUCCUGCAGGGAUCUACACUCUGCAGAACAAUCUGCUCUAUGUUGCCCUAUCCAACCUGGAUGCGGCCACCUAUCAGGUCACGUACCAGUUGAAGAUCCUCACCACAGCUCUGUUCUCCGUCUUCAUGCUCAGGAAGAAGCUGAGUUUGUACCAGUGGCUCUCCCUGCUCUUACUCAUGGCUGGAGUCACUCUGGUGCAGUGGCCCACAGAGUCCGCAGAUGUCUCUGAGCACAAGAUCCUGUCAGCAGGCUCCCAGUUUGUGGGACUGAUAGCCGUGCUGAUGGCCUGUGUGUCCAGUGGUUUUGCUGGAGUUUACUUUGAGAAGAUCCUCAAAGAGACGGAACAGAGUUUGUGGGUUCGUAAUAUACAGCUGGGUUUGUUCAGCUUUGUGUUUGGCCUCAUAGGCAUGAUGAUAUAUGAUGGCCAAAGAGUGAUACAGUCGGGGAUGUUUCAGGGCUACAACGCUAUUACCUGCGUAGUUGUUGUCUUACAGGUUGUGUCAUUGUGUCAUUACAUGUCAUUACAUGUGAAACUGUCAAUGAAACAAAGCACAUUCUUGUUCAAGUUUGCCUUCAUCUUGCUUGUCUGCCUGCAGGCUCUCGGUGGGCUGCUCGUCGCAGUUGUCAUUAAAUAUGCUGACAACAUCCUCAAAGGAUUUGCCACCUCUCUGUCAAUCAUGGUGUCCACGCUCAUUUCAUAUUUCCUGUUGAAGGACUUUAACCCCACUGGGGUAUUUUUCUUAGGUGCAGUGCUGGUCAUUGCGGCCACAUUUCUUUACAGCUAUGAGUGCAAACCUGCCAGCAGCAGCACCACCAGUGUAGUCUGAGACUUGUGUGAACUGUGCUACCCGACAGACAGGUUUUCUAUGAACUGUGAUGGGGGAAUUUGCCACGUGAAAAAUCUCAAUGCAGGAAAUGCAUACGUGGACGAGUUACUGACAAAUACUUACAAUUCUGUGUAAGCUGAUCUUUUUUGCUCUGUAAGAAUGUACAAAAGAUGAUGGGAGUGACUGAAAUACAUCUGAUAUUACAGCUUUUCUUGUGAACUCGCCACGUAAACAUCCUGGUGAAGCAAAGCAAGCAAAGUAAAGGGGAAAGGAGAUCAUAAUGAAACCUAGACCUCGCAGACAACCUAACGUCAAACUAAUUCAUGUAUGUAAUUUACAAUUGUGAAUUUUCACCCCUGGAAGAACAGAUGCUACAUUUAAGCUUUGGGCUUCUAAAGUGUUUGAAAAGGUUAAAGAUUUAUCUUUAAAGUUCUCACAUCAUUUGAAGAACUGUGGUAUAAAUUUAGUGUAAAUAGAAGGCAUUUCAGUAAAUAUCAGCUGAGAAGCUUUGCAAAAGCAGUAGUUCACUUCUUAGCCCAUCCAAAAACCCUACAAACAGAUUAUUAUUAGAGCAUUCACAUCAUUGGUUUGGGACAGGGAUCUGGAAACUGGAAGCAGAACUGCAAAUCAGGUUGUACUGGAACUGCCACUUCAUUAGAUACACAUUACAUUUUGAGUACAAUGAACUCAUUGUCAUGUUGUCAGUUUGAGGUGAUUUGUGACAUGUUGCAUUAUCCUGCUGGAAGCAGCCAUCAGAAGAUGGUACACUGUUGUCAUAAAGGGAUGGACAUGAUCAGCAACGAUACUCAAGUAGGCUGUGGCAUUUAAACAAGGCUAAGUUAGUGCUAAGGGGCACAAAGUGCGCCAAGAAAUCCCAGCACCAUUACACCACCAGCAUCAGCCUGAACUACUGAUACAAAUCAAGAUGGAUCCAUGUUUCAUGUCAGAUUCCGUCCUGAACUUCUGCAGAUCAUCUCGAUCAUGUCUAUGUGCUUAAAUGCACUGCAAUACGAUUGGCUGAUUAGAUAUUUGCAUUAACAAAUGCAGCCAGAACCGGUAGCGCCUGUCUCUGGCUGCAUGACCGCAGAUGCUCGUCUCCGGAUGAGUGAUCUGGAACGAUCAUUUCAUUGUGUGCCUUGUGUGCACAAUGUUGUGACGCACAAAUAAAAUAUUUGAAAGGGUCUGGGGACCCAUUUAGAACUUUUUUUAAAGAUUUAGAUCUAACAGAAGGUCAGUCUAAAUAACUGGUUCUCAUGAUCCAUGCAGUGUUCUAUUUAUCAUAUGUUUUGAAAGGGCAAAAACAUUUUUAUUACCUAUACUUGAACAAUUUUCUGAAGGGGCAUAAGAGCUGUUACCAACAUGAGGACCUCGUUGGCUCUUUGUUUUUGUGUUUUAUUUCUCUGAUGUUUGUGUUUUUAAGUAAUAAUAAAGAUAUUGUUUGGGAACAAAAGAACUGUAUAUUCAUGAGACAGGGAAUACUGUGUGUUCAGUAAAUUUACAAAGCAAAUGGGAAUUAAUGGCGCUGAUAGUCAAAGAGAGGAGAAUCCUUGGCAGCACUUCCAUCUAGUGGUGGAAUGAGGAGCAAACUUGCUGCAAAGAGGAGGGGUUACCUCUGUCCAAAGAUGCUGAACAUCCUUUUUUUUUUUUUAAUAAGAGAUGGGAUCUUAUAUAAAACUGAAAUGACUGUUUUGACCUUGCUCCUCACAGUCUGAUCAUUUGUAUUAAAACCACAUUUAUAUCAUUUUAGGAUUAUUUAAAUGCAAAAAAUGGUCUUUAUGUAACAACAAAUGAAUAAAUUAAAACAUUUUUUAUGUUGAAACAA